GCAUGAAACAUCGUUUAUCAAGUGAAAUCAACUAGCAUGAAGUUUAUGGUUGUUACAGGAUGAAACGCCUCCGGUUGUCCAGUAGCAGUGACAGUUCUGACAAUGAGAGUCCUUCCACUUCCUUCUGCUCCUCUAACAAAUAUGGCAGCAAACCUGGAACCCCUGCCUCCAACCCAAAGAAACCAGCUGAAGUGUUCAGAAAAGACUUGAUAAGUGCUAUGAAGAUACCUGAUUCCCACCAUGUAUCUCCAGAGGACUACUACCUGCUGGCAGACACCUGGAGGCAGGAGUGGGAGAAAGGAGUCCAAGUACCAGCGAGUCCAAACACCAUCCCAGAGCCUUCUGUUAGAGUUAUUGCAGAGAAGUCCAAAGAAGUGCUCUAUACCCACCAGAGGAAGUACAUUCAAUGUUCAAGCCAGGAAUCAACAGAACCAGAACCAUAUGUGAACAUCAAGGAGCUCGCAGAGGCCAUGUGUCGUUACGAUCUGGAUGAUAUGGAUCUGUACUGGCUGCAGACACUCAACCAGGAGCUACACAGAAUGGAGGAGGCGCCUGUAGAUGAACUAAUGAUGGAACGAGCCAUGGAGGCUCUGGAGAGGCAGUGUCAUGACAACAUGAAGCACGCCAUUGAAACGGUGGAAGGUCUGGGCAUCGAAUACGACGAGGAUGUUAUCUGUGAUGUGUGCCGUUCCCCAGACAGCGAAGAAGGGAACGACAUGGUGUUCUGUGAUAAGUGCAACAUCUGCGUACAUCAGGCGUGUUAUGGCAUUGUCAAAGUGCCUGUUGGCAACUGGCUCUGUAGGACGUGUGUCCUCAGCAUCGAUCCACAGUGUCUUCUGUGUCCCAAGAAAGGUGGUGCUAUGAAGGCUACGCGUGCCGGCACCAAGUGGGCUCACGUAAGCUGCGCCCUUUGGAUCCCAGAGGUGAGCAUCGCUUGUCCUGAGCGAAUGGAGCCUAUCACUAAAGUCUCCCACAUCCCUCCCAGUCGCUGGUCUCUCAUCUGCAGUCUGUGUAAACUAAAAACAGGGGCGUGUAUCCAGUGUUCAGUGAAGAACUGCACCAUUCCUUUUCAUGUGACGUGUGCCUUUGAGCACUGCCUGGAGAUGAAGACCAUUCUGGACGAAGGGGAUGAAGUGAAGUUCAAAUCUUACUGCCUCAAACACAGCAAGCCCAAACCUGGGGAGGCUGGUCUGAGCCCAGCUCGCUCGAAAACCCCUGGAGAAGCCGGUAAAGUGGGUCAAAGAGCACAGAGACUGCAGGAGUUGGAGGAGGGAUUCUACACUCUGAUCCGUCUUGGGGAGCUGGCACGGGACCUUGGGCUUUCUGAGCACCUGGUAGACUUCAUGUACCAGUACUGGAAACUGAAGAGGAAGUCCAGCUUCAACAAAGAGCUGCUGCCCCCCAAAGAGGAGGAGAACCUGGUGCUGCAGCCUCAGGAGGACAGCAUCCACACACGCAUGAGGAUGUUCAUGCACCUGCGGCAGGAUUUAGAGCGGGUAAGGAACUUGUGUUACAUGGUGAGUCGACGAGAGAAGCUGAAGCUGCUGCAAAGUAAAGGUCAGGAGCAAAUGUUCAACUUGCACGUGAAGCUGUUGAACCAAGAGAUAUCUGCCGGUCUUCCUGCUUCUUGCCCAGUGGAGAACAUGCUGUUUCGCCCUCCUCCCAGGAUCACUCUGAAGCUGAAGAUGCCCAAAGCCUUGAGUAAGGGAAACGCAAAUCCCACUUUCAAACCUGGCUUGAAGAUGUGUUCAUACACUAAACCUAGUGGUCUGCUCUGCCCAGACAUUAGCAGUAAUGUUUCUGAACACACUGCUGGGGGGCUUGGUCUUGGCAAGCCUCAGCUACUCACUCGUGGUGGCAAAGAGGAGCGCUCCAAUGGCCGAUUGACGUCCUCUGGUCACCCGAGCACCAUGCCGUUGACUGGGAGACCAACAAGCAAACAUUUGGCUUUGCAAGCCGCAUUCCAUGGUCAUUCUUCCAACAGCAAUGGUAAACUGGACCAGGACCGAACAGGUUUGCCCAAAUCUAACGGUGCAUUAGAAAAGCCUCAGAAGGACAGCUCCUGCCAAACGCCCAAUAACCGGGACGCCUCAAAGCUGGAUUUUAACUGUCGCAAGUCAGCCAUGGAACGCUUUGGCAGAUCCUUCAAAGAGGCAACUAUCAACUUGGUACGGACAACAGAGAACCUGCGAGUCUCCGAAAAUCUGUCCAGAAAGAGUUCGACUAAGGACAGACUGUGGGCAGCACCUGUGUUGGAACACAAAGUAAAAAACAGCCGAUCUUAUCAGGACAGCGAUGGGUACUGCCCCGACCUGGAGCUGAGCGAUUCAGAGCCAGAAGCCAAAGGUCGGUGCAGGCAGACUGCUCGACUCCUAAAGGAUAAGAAGGAAAAGCAGUCAUUCGGCUCCAGAACCACCACCCAAAGGUGAUGGCAGUCUGUCUCUCACAACACAUUCGUGUUAGUGACAAAGCCGUCAUGCUAAUGGUGCUGCACAAACGACUGCACAACUGACUGGUAACGUGAAACGGAGGCCAAAAUGUUCUACUUUUUUGCAUUUUUGAUAAAACUGUCCAAGAAUUUCAACUGAUUUUUUUUCUGACAGAACAAACCCCAAACAGCUGCUACACUUGUUUUCAUUUUGAUUUGUCACGUAGUGGGUGUAGAGAGUAAAAUGCUUCUGUGUUGGCUCCUACUGGAAAAAAUAACGAGAUAAAACAUCUGCGACUCAGAAAGGGAAGAAAUGUGCAAGAAAGUCUGUGAAAUGUGUCUUUGCUGUUACUUUUCUUGUUUAUACAAUAAAAAAUGUGCAUGAC